AUGAGUAUUUGCUGUUUUGCACAAGCCGCUGCAUCUCACACCGAGACGCUCAGACUGGAGUCAAACCCACUCCUUCUCCUUCCCCCUCCACACGUCCCACAGCCACAGCCGCCUCGCCCGUCCUCAAACAGAACCGUUGACUUCACACCGACCCCUUUUUGUGGUGAGUCUGCGGCGUCGAACAUCCUCUCUUUGACCAGGAUUGAGAAUGAAAAGGUUUGCUUCUUGGCUCGCGCGGCGCCUCCUGCUGGUUUGGAACAGAUUGAAUUAGAAAGCCCGUCGGUCGGGAGUCCCGGCUGCUUCCCCGGCUUCACGUCGCGAUGCAGAAUUGGAUCCGCCUCAAAGGAAAUCGUCUCCAGAAGUCGGCGCUCACACCUCCCGCCGAUCUGGGCCAACCUGCUCCUACCUGUUUGA